AUGGCGGUGUCAUCCGAAAAGCCGCAACGGCCGAAUCAGAAGGUGGAAGUGCUGGCGAGGGCGUGCCAACACUUUGAGCCGCUUGUCGAGAAGCUUCGCAAGACGACGAAACUGGAGAAGUACGACAUUCUGUACGACAUGGGUAGGUAUCAGAUGGUCGUCGAUGGACAGAAAACGCUCGACGAGGCAAUUAAAGUAAUUUUUGAGCGGUGGAAAAGCGAGAAGAAACCAAUUAGUUUUUUAGCACAAUGGCAACAAGCUGGUCGUCGAGUUUUUGUUGCAAAAAAGCGAGGAUGAGACUUUCAGCUCGGUGAAAAUGCGAAAGUUGACAAGAGUUAUGGAUGCCGACUCAAACUCACUGUUUGUCAGUUUACCAGAGGUAAAUUUCAGAAAAAGUGAACAUAAAGCAAGAAAAAGAAACAAACAUCGAAUAAGUAUUUUGAAAUAAAAUUGCGAACUCGAUUUGCGAAUUUUCGCGAAAAUUGGAAAAAAAAGACCGUACGAUGAAAUUAAAGGCGCACGUUUCGAUUCAACUUUUAAAAUUAUUCUUUGAGCGAAUCUUCCAGGCGGAUCGUGUCAGCAAUUCAGGAACGUUGAACGGAAAAUCGUACGGAUUGCCGAGCAACACGAGCCGAAUAUCGGAAAAAUUGCAUAGCAUUCCGGCAAGAUACACUCUCGGACGGUAAGGAUUAGCCAAUGUUGAAUAGUAACAGAAAAAACUCGUGAAUUUUGCAGAAAACUCGGAGAAGGAACAUUGGGAACAGUGUAUAUCGCAGUGGGCAAGAAAGGAGGAACGUACGCGGUGAAAAUCAUUCAAAAAAAUAGCCGGUACCUUCCGCAAGAGGCCGAUGUCGAAUAUCUCAGUGAGUUUCUAGAAAUUUGGACAAAGAUUUUGCUAUCUCAUCGGUUAAGGAGAGUUACGGCACGAACGAAUCGUCAACUACUUGUUCAUCAUCGAACCGACCAGCUCCAACGACAUCCACGUUCUCAUGGAGUACAUGCACUUGGGAUCACUGAAAGAGUACAUCGAGAACUACGGACCGUUGCACCACGAAUUGGUGAAGGCGUACACGAAACAGAUUCUCGAAGGACUCGAUUUCCUUCACUCCAAAAACAUCAUUCAUCAGGAUUUGAAGCCAGCGAACCUUCUUCUGAAGGACAAUCACUGCGAACGGCUUAUCAAAAUCGCCGAUUUCGGAUCGAGUCGGUUUGCUUCUCUGAAGAAGGCGAAAGCCGGACAGCAAGGGCGCACUCCCAAGUACACGGAUCCGGGAGUAUCGAUCGGAAGAGACGUGGCCGGAAGACGCUCGGACAUUUGGAGUCUCGGAGUCAUCGUCAUCGAAAUGUACACGAAAGUGUAUCCGUGGAAGAUCGACGGAGAGCAUCCGUUGACAGUGCCACAUAUAAUUGAGGAGAAUCCACCGAUAAUAGCGGUAAGCGUGGAAGGGUAACUGCUCAGAGCUUAAAAACGGAUAAUUUACAGACGCCAACAGAAAGAACAGAUGAAGACCUCGUGGUAAUGGCCAAAAUGAUGCUGCUGCCGGUUGCGCAACGUCCCUACGCCUCACAACUUCUCGAGCUUUCAGUUUUUCAGGAGUUUUCACAGAACGACGGCCAAGAUUCCGAUUCGGAGGACGACUUUUUCUAG